UUUAUAGGAUCAACUUCAUCUAUCGUUUCACCUCAUCUAUCAAGCUUGCUAAUUUUAUCAGAAAUACCCGACCAAUAAAGCAAAUAUAUAUAUAAAUAUCCCUUAGUUCCCCUAAAGUAGAAAGAAUAAACUACACUCUGUCUAGAACAUCGCAGAAAGAAAGGUUCUUUGGAGUACAGGAAUAAUGGAACAACAACAAAGAAAAGGCCUGAGAUUGGUACUCUUCCCUCUACCAUUUCAAGGGCAUAUAAACCCAUUGCUUGAGCUGGCCACCAUUUUGCACUCAAAAGGAUUUUCCAUCACUCUCAUCCACAUCAACUUCAACUCUCCCAACCCUUCUAAUCACCCUCACUUCACAUUCCACUCCAUCUCCCAUGGCUUAUCGGAGACCGAGGCCACCACCAGCGAUGCCAUUUCUCUGAUUACCCUUCUCAACAUCAAAUGUGUUGAACCCUUUAGGGAGUGUUUAGCUAGUUUGAUCUCCAAUGCUUUGGACGAGCCCAUAGCUUGCUUGAUCUCUGACGCCAUGUUCCACUUCUCUCGAGCUGUGGCCGAGAAUUUUAAGCUGCCGAGGCUCGUUAUAAGAACAACGAGCGCCACUUCUUUUGGAGUUUUCCCUGCUUUUCCACUUCUGCUUGAAAAGGGUUAUCUCCCAAUACAAGAUUCCCGACUAGAAGAGUUAGUGGUAGAAUUCCCACCUCUAAAAGUUAAAGACCUACCGGUGAUAAAAAUGCGAGAUCAAGAAAAAUUCUAUGAACUAAUAAGUAGAGUGGUGAGUGAGACUAAGGCCUCCUCAGGCCUCAUUUGGAACACAUUCGAAGAACUUGAACAACCAGCACUGGACUCGUUAACCAAAAAACUCUCGAUUCCAAUGUUCCCAAUAGGCCCAUUUCACAAAUACAACUUGGCUUAUUCUUCAAGUAGCUUGUUAGCCGAAGACCAAAGCUCCAUCUCAUGGCUCAACACUCAGCCACCAGUUUCAGUCAUCUAUGUGAGCUUUGGGAGUCUUGCAGUAUUGAGUGAGGCUGAGUUUUUGGAAAUAGCAUGGGGUCUAGCCAAUAGCGAGCAGCCCUUCUUGUGGGUCGUUAGGCCCGGGUUGGUGCAUGGCUCGGAGUGGCUCGAACCAUUACCAAAUGGGUUUAUAGAGAACUUGGGGGGACGUGGACACAUAGUGAAAUGGGCCCCACAACAACAAGUCCUGGCCCACUUAGCCGUUGGAGCAUUUUGGACUCACAGUGGGUGGAAUUCCACGAUGGAGUGUAUUUGUGAAGGGGUUCCGAUGAUUUGUAGGCCAAGUUUCAUUGAUCAAAAGGUUAAUGCCAAAUUUGUGAGCCAUGUAUGGAACGUGGGAGUUCAGUUGGAGGAUGAGAUUUUGGAAAGAGGAGAGAUAGAGAGAAUGAUUACAAAAUUGAUGAAGGAGAAAGAAGGAGAGGAGAUAAGAUGUAGAGUAUCAAAGUUGAAGGACAUGGCACUUAGUUGCUUGAAACAAGGUGGUUCUUCCUACAAAUAUUUAGACAGCUUGGUUAACCACAUUCAGUCAUUAGGUCAUUCGAAUCUUUAGUUCAUCACCGCUUAUGUUCAUUGAUAUUAAUUUUUCAAACUCUUUUUCUUUUUUGAUAGUGUGUAUGCAUGUAUGUAUUUCUCUUCUCAAAAUAAGCUCGCCCUUAUUUUAUUUGAAUUCGGGGAUUCUUUUGUAUUUUUCUUAUUAAUGUAUUUGUUGGUUUUUGGAGUGUUUUUCAAGAAGGGUUUGUCUAGA